AUGACUGUUCUGGAUCUCGAAAAGGAUAAUGCUGUUCUGGAUACAAGCCUAGCCAAAUCUUUUUAUUCCAAAUAUGAAGUGAAAGAUGUUUUGGGGUCUGGCGCUAGUAGUACAGUAAGAAGAUGUGUGGAAAAAGAAUCCCAGCGCGAAUUUGCUGUGAAAAUUUUGGACUUGAACAGCGGCGUUGACGCUCCGGAUGUUAUUCGAUCCGAGUGCAUGCGAGAAGUGUCGAUUUUACGCCGAGUUUCCGGACAUCCGAACAUAAUCGAGCUGCAUGAUGUGUUUGAAGGAGACGCAUAUAUUUUUUUGGUCUUCGAAGUAUGUACAGGCGGUGAGCUGUUUGACUAUUUGACCCGGAAAGUUACUGUUUCGGAGAAACGUACACGUGCAUUCAUGCGGCAGUUGUUUGACGCAGUUGCUCACAUACACAGCAAACUUAUUGUUCAUCGGGAUUUAAAACCAGAAAACAUUCUGCUUGACGAUAAUUUGAACAUCAAGCUGACUGAUUUUGGUUUAGCUGUUUUCACUGACGACGAAGAUGAACUUCGUGGUAAGUGUUUCUCAGCUUUGUAA